AUGCUGAAGACGGAUACUUCAAACAAUCAUGCCUUCGAGAACAAAACAGCUAGGGAAUCCGAUCAUGACCGCAGUGUCCCCCUUUGCUCCUCAAACCUGUCAAUCCCAAAGAACAGAAGUACUGGAAACCUUCUCGCACAUACUUCGGCAGGAGUGGACAGAGCUAGAAUACGAUUUUCUUUUGAUGAAGGGCUGGCGGCGGAGUUUGAUACAAUGUCGAGUGCUAGAUCACCCAUCGUGACGGAACAUGAGCAUGGACUCGGUGCUUCAGGUUUGAGACGAAUCCGACAACAACUUCCCAGAGCACCAACUCUACCUUCUUCCGAGAAUUCCUCUAGAGCCGCCUCUGUGAGUGCCCGAUCGAGUUCAAUGACCCUUCCUUUUCCCGGCCGAGCAGCCACUAUAGCGAUGCCUUCAGGUCCAUCCUCUCCAGUCAUACCAUUCACGGAGGACCUCACACGUUUCCCAUCCGAGUCAUUACAUUCCUUCUCUUUCGCCCACCAAUCAGAUGAGUUUAUCCACAACCGUCAAAAUGUCUUGAAGAGGUCCGUCGAAUUUAUGUCCCAGAAACUGGGCUGGGGAACAACAAAUGCGGGAAUAGCCAGUGCUCAAGCAAGAGUUAAUGGUGAUGCGGAGAUGCAAGGGAUGCUCGAGCUUUUGGCGAAAGCCAAAUUGGUCGGAGCGAACAACAUUGGCACUGGAGAAGAACUCGCCAGGGGUGGACCACUCACUGGACCGGCAACAGCUCAAGACUCACAAAAUAUUUUUGAUAGUAGCUUUGCCAUGCGUUGCGAGAGUCCGGAUCGGAUGGAAAGUUCUCCACCUUCACCCACCAGCGCUAAGAAAGUGACAUCGUCAUUACGCACCUUGCAGGAAGACGAAUCGCAGUCAACCGAACCCAAGAAUGGUUUAGUAUCAGCCCUAGCAGCGGAUUCUGAACCUUCAACUAGGACUCCGACCAAUGAAAGUCGGACGACGGCAAAAACGUCCCCGCCAGUCACUAGGCGGCAAAGUCUAAAGAGAACUUUCACUGAUUUAGAACCUUUGAGCCUACAGAAUAAACUGAUGGACGCUAUGUCACAACCCUACAUCGCCACAGAUUCGCUACACGAUUCCAUGUUUUCUCCUGCAAUGCCACAAACCAAUAGCGCUUCUACUUUCGGACCUCAUUCAUUAGGCCCUGCAAACCACAGUCAUUCGAGUAGGUGGGCACCUGCUGCACAAGCUAUUUUUACUACCGAAAGCACUUCGCCAUAUACAAUUUUAGCCGCCAACGACCUUGCCUGUCUUGUAUUUGGUGUCACCAGAGCAGAAGUUCGCAAGAUGGGCAUCCUCGAAGUUAUAAAACAAGAAAGAAGGGCGUGGUUAGAGGAAAAGUUAAGUGCCCACAAAUUUGAAGCAGAGGUUGGGAAACAGACUACGCAAUCACCAUCGAGCCAAAGUCAGCAAUCAAGCCCGACGCCAACCACAUCAAUGCUGCUUGGACGGCCUGGUGGUAUCACGGCUAGCCUCCUGAGUAAACCUAAUUCACGUCAAGUACAGAAACUCAGCCGUCGAGCGCAGACCGAUGAUGGUGCAGGCUUGAGUCUUGUUUCGAGAACACGAGCAGCCAAGGCCGGUCUAAAUCAUCAAAGUAAUAAAUCUAGGGGCGUUCUUUUGUGUGGCGACGUAGUCCCUAUUGAAAAACGAAACGGCGCAACAGGAUCAGCAAGCCUAUGGGUGAAGGAGAAGAGAGGUGGCCUCAUUUGGGUUUUGGAAGAGAUUCACGAAGAUGUGGCAAUCAUAGGCCUCGACGACGAUGCAACCAUUACGAGCACAUCUGGAUCUAUCGAUGCGAUAUGGGGGAAUGACAUAACUUGGACGGGCGCGGAUAUUGGGAAGCUCCUUCCGAGACUUCCACGACAAGGAAUUGAUGGCAGAAGUGGGGAAAUCGAUUAUGCUGAAGUCAGUAAGCGUAGAUAUUUCACCGCUCGUACCUCUGGACGUGCAAAUAUUCCUGCAGUCGUCGACAGAAUUCCUGGUGGCACGGAUCUCCGCGUUUCUAGCUUUCCUCACAUUGCUGGUAUCAUGGUUCUUUCUGCGCAAACGUUAAAGAUCACGAGUUCCAAUUCCGUCUUUUCAGCCGCGUUAUUUGGGCAGGACAAACCCGACGGUCGGCUCAUUACUGAUUUAAUCCCUAAUUUCGAUAGAAUCUUGAAAAUUCUUACGGAAGAAGAUGGUGUGGACAUGGUUGACGGGAUUGUUAUUCCCGAACACAGCUUUAGACGGGCUCAAGCUUUUCUUGCACUGCGGGAUGGAAAGGCCGAUGCAUCAACAUACUUUUUGAGGCCAGAUGGACUACCGGCCAAACAUAGGGAUGGAUCAGAGAUCAAAAUUGAUGCUCAACUUCGGGUUGUCAAAUCAGAUCCGAAAACGUCCGCUUACGAUGAGAACGUCAUAGAAGAGAGGAGCGAUGAAGAAGACGGACCUUCGCCCUGUGAGCCUAUCAUCCACUCCGAACUUGUCUAUGCCUUGUGGAUCACGUACUCAAGGAACAUACAUGCCGCAAAACAUGCCAACGGCAUGGCAACUCCCUUGUUAUCUGGACUCGAAACUCCAUUGCAUCAACCUUCGCCUGGUCAGACGGGACCUCCAGCUCCCAUGAAAAUGGAUUCUUCUUCGGAUUCCGAUGAGCCCAAAAAUGAAGCUUCGCAUGCAUCUAUGCUCACGGCACAACUCAAGGCAGCAGCAAAGAAAACAGCAGCUAAGCUUACAGGUCGCGACCGGGCUUUUUCGAAAGCCCAAGAGAAGGAAAAACCAGUCGUCUCGGAAACGGUCAAACCUGUUGUUAAAAAGUGCAUUGAUGAUUUCACAAUACUUGAAGAAAUGGGUCAGGGAGCCUAUGGCCAGGUAAAACUUGCUCGAUACAAGAAGAAUGGUAACAACAAGGUGAUCCUCAAAUAUGUCACCAAAAAGCGCAUUCUUGUCGAUACGUGGACUCGGGAUCGGCGACUGGGGACUGUGCCACUGGAGAUUCAUGUUCUUGAUUAUCUGCGUCGGGACGGUCUUCAACACCCCAAUAUAGUGGAGAUGUCCGAUUUCUUCGAGGAUUCUGUUAACUAUUACAUUGAAAUGGUACCACACGGAUAUCCAGGAAUGGAUCUUUUCGAUUACAUUGAGCUCCGCGUCAACAUGGAGGAAAAGGAAUGCCGCAGCAUCUUCGUGCAGGUAGCUCGUGCUAUCCAUCAUCUCCACACCAAGGCACUUGUGGUACAUCGUGAUAUCAAGGAUGAGAACAUAGUCAUAAAUGGUGAAGGAAGCAUUAAGCUCAUUGAUUUCGGAAGUGCCGCUUACAUCAAGAGCGGUCCUUUUGACGUCUUCGUGGGAACCAUUGAUUAUGCCGCCCCCGAAGUUCUCUCUGGCAAGCCAUAUCCAGGCAAACAACAAGAUGUUUGGGCUCUUGGAAUUCUUCUUUACACCAUCGUGUACAAAGAAAACCCAUUUUAUAGUAUUGACGAGAUCAUGGACCGUGAUCUUAGGAUACCUUAUAUCAUGAGCGAAGAAAGCAUCGACCUCAUCAAAAGUAUGUUAAAUCGGGACGUCGAUUCGAGAAUCACGAUCGAGCAAGUGAUGGAACAUCCUUGGUGUGCGGAUGUAGAGAAUGACGAGUAG